UAAUUGCCGUGCAUCGCAAGUGCCACGUCAUUAGGCUCGCCGUUGAGUAAGUUGAAAGCUUCUUGGAGUUGAGGAAAGAUGCGUGGGGCUGGCGAGAAUCCAAAGCUUCUUUCUCGCUCACUCUAUGCAAUUUCAACCUUCAACUUCAACUUUAACUUUAGGUCUAUUUAAGAAACCCUAAACCCCGUUUUCACUGUCAUUUGAAAAGCACAGAGAGAGUGAGAGAAAGAGAUGUGGAACUGGUUCGGGAAUUGGUUGAAGCAGCCACCACCGCCAGUGGUGCUCGUCCCACCUCUCUUCGAUUUCCCUCCUCUCGCUGCCCGGACCAGGAUGUUGGAGUCAUCAUACGACUUGUUAUUUGGGAAGCUUGCUUUGAAAUGCCUUUUUGAGGACUAUUUUGAAGAAGCACGGCAUUUCAGCUCAAGAAUUAUGCUAAAGCCAAUUGAUGACCCUCAUGUGGAUUUGGUUGCUACUGUUUCAGGUCCACUUGAUAAUCAGCCUGACGAGAACAUUGUAGGAAAUGCACUAUUUCGCUGGCAAAGUGAUGUUGAUGAUCCUAAUACAUUUGUGGACCUUUUUGUAUCGAGCUCUGACCCGAUUUUGCAAAUGAGGUCAUCUGCUUACUACCCUAAAUAUGGAUUUGGAGCAUUUGGUAUUUUUCCUUUGUUACUGAAGAGAAGAGUAUCUUCUGAAGAUUAUGGUGUUUUUGGAUUGAGAUAUGGCUCAGGAAAUUUGUCAUUUGGAGCCACGUUUAUGCCUUUAUCCUUGAAAGAUGAAUUUGCAAAAAGUGUAUGGUUGGUAAGCAAGGUGGGAAGGCUAACUGCUGGAGUGCAAUAUGAGCCACAGUAUGGAAGCAAUGAUCGUGCAAAUUAUAAAAAUUUAAAUGAUUGGAGUUGUGCAAUUGGCUAUGGAGCAGGAUCAGGCAGCCCCCUGAGUCCAUCCUUCAAUUUUGGUAUUGAACUUGCUAAAAGUUCUGAGCUCAUUGCCUCAUUCUAUCAACAUGUGGUUGUCCAAAGACAGAUCCAGAACCCCCUUGAAGAAGAUGAAGUAGUUGGAAUUACAAAUUAUAUUGACUUUGGCUUUGAGUUGCACUCAAGGGUCGAAGAUGCCAAUGCAUCAAACAAGAUCCCUGAGUCCACUUUUCAAGUGGCUGCAUCCUGGCAAGCCAAUAAAAACUUCUUGCUGAAGGGAAAAGUGGGGCCUCAGAGUUCAUCUGCGUCCUUGGCAUUCAAGUCAUGGUGGAAACCUGCUUUCACUUUCAACAUUUCAGCUACUAGAGAUCGUGUUAUUGGAAAGACAGCCUUUGGAUUUGGCAUUCGUGUCGAGAAUCUGAGAGAAGCCAGUUAUCAAAGAGCUGAUCCAAAUUAUGUAAUGCUUACACCAAACAUGGAGCACCUAGCAGAGGGCAUUGUUUGGGAAGGGAAGCGUCCUAUGCUACAAUCAGACGUCAAUGCUGGAAAUUUUGAUGGCAUACCAAGGGAAUUGCGACCUUUUGAUAAAAUUUUGUAACUUUCUUUCUUUUCCGUAGGAUUGAUUUUUGUUGAGUAGUCAUUCUACAUCAAUGAGUUAGAGCUCUUUUGUUUUAAAUUAAUUUAUAAGAACUGUUGCAAUAUGGGAUCUCUGAUUCAUCAAUCUUUUGAAAAUGAUGCCUACGGUUCAGGGACCACAAUUACCAUACUGAGGUGAAGAAAUCUCACUCGCUCAACUUUUUUCUU